UACUGUGGAUUCCAUGUUAUAGGUGAUUAAAUUCACCCCUUUUGAAAGAUGGGUGGGGGUGUGGAUGCAUUUAUGGUGGUGGCAUCUGAUGGUUAGAGUAAUAAGUCAGUGAGGAGAUGGUGAAAUCCAAGAAACAGUCUGGCCUUAGUAAUUGCUUCUCCCUUUUUUCUACCCUAUAAAUCCCCUCCUCUCUUCCCUCUUCUUCUCACAUUCAUCUUUUUUCCAAUUUUCCUCCAUUUUUUUUUUCCAAAUUUUCACCAUUUUGACUCUGGGUGUCCGUACACUUUUCCCUUGUUGAACCACUUGAACUACCCACACCCACCAUUAUAUUCUUUCUUUUUCUGAACUGAAUCGAAUCUCUCUGAUUCUUUGAACCAUGGAUUUGGGCGUGGCUUUGUUGUUGUUUAGUGGGGUGACAUGUUAUCUUUUAUGGUUCACUUUCAUUUCAAGAUCCUUAAAGGGUCCGAGAGUGUGGCCGUUACUUGGGAGCUUGCCCGGGUUGAUUGAGAACGCGGAACGUAUGCAUGAGUGGAUCGCCGACAACCUACGCGCCUGCGGCGGCACGUACCAGACAUGCAUAUGCGCCGUGCCUUUCUUGGCCAGGAAGCAAGGUUUGGUGACCGUUACGUGCGACCCGAAGAAUUUGGAGCAUAUUUUGAAGACCCGGUUCGAUAACUACCCGAAGGGUCCGAAUUGGCAGUCGGUUUUUCAUGAACUGUUGGGGCAAGGGAUUUUCAACUCCGACGGGGACACGUGGCUGUUUCAGAGGAAGACGGCGGCGCUUGAGUUCACCACGCGCACGCUCCGGCAGGCGAUGGGGAGGUGGGUGAACCGGGCGAUUAAGGUCCGGUUCUGUCCGGUUCUUGAAACGGCUCAGGUGGAAGGUAAACCGGUUGAUUUGCAGGAUCUUUUGCUCCGGCUCACGUUCGAUAAUAUUUGCGGGUUGGCUUUUGGGAAGGACCCGGAAACGCUGGCGCCGGGGCUGCCGGAGAACACUUUCGCGGCGGCGUUUGACCGCGCCACGGAGGCAUCUCUCCAGCGGUUUAUCCUCCCGGAAGUGAUUUGGAAGGUGAAGAAAUGGCUGCGACUCGGAAUGGAAGUUAGCCUAAGCAGAAGCUUAGAACAAUUAGAUGAGUAUAUGUCGAGCAUCAUUAAAACCCGCAGAAUCGAACUCCAACAAACCGACAACAUUAAUCUCCACGACGAUCUGCUCUCGCGAUUCAUGAGGAAGAAGGAAUCCGACGACAAGGUUCUGCAACACGUGGCGCUCAACUUCAUCCUAGCUGGACGCGACACGUCAUCCGUCGCUCUCUGCUGGUUCUUCUCCCUCAUCAUGCAAAAUCCUAGAGUGGAGGAGAACAUCCUCCGCGAAAUCUGCACCGUUCUCGCCGAAACUCGCGGCGGAAACUUCGGAAACGGCGGAGACCUCUCGGCUUGGCUCGACGAGCCGCUGCAAUUCGAGGAAGUCGAUAAACUGGUGUACCUGAAAGCCGCACUGUCGGAAACUCUCCGCCUCUACCCGUCCGUGCCGGAGGAUUCGAAGCACGUGAUCGCCGACGACGUGUUGCCGGACGGGACAUUUGUUCCGGCGGGAUCAUCGGUAACCUACUCGAUCUACUCCGCCGGAAGAAUGAAAUCAACAUGGGGAGAAGAUUGCCUGGAAUUCAAACCGGAGAGAUGGUUAACCCUAGACGGCAAAAAAUUCAUAAUGCAAGAUCAAUACAAAUUCAUAUCAUUCAACGCCGGUCCACGAAUCUGUCUAGGCCGGGACUUAGCCUAUCUACAAAUGAAAUCCAUAGCCGCCGCCGUGCUUCUCCGGCACCGCCUAUCCCUCUCGCCGGGCCACCAAGUGGAGCAGAAAAUGUCUCUCACUCUCUUCAUGAAAGACGGUCUCAAGGUCAAAGUCCAUCCCCGAGACCUAACGCCCAUUAUCUCCGCCGUUAACAUUAGCAAAGCUGCAGCGUUGAAUUCAACUAACGGCGUUAAUGAGGGAGGUACAGAAUCCACAGAAGGGUAAUUAAGGUUGUUGGAAAGGUAGUUGGGGGGAUUUAAGGAUUGGUUUGGUGUUUGAUUAAAUUCUUGGGAAAGUUGGUAGAAAUGGUAGCUGGUGUUCUUGAGGAGCAUAAAUGAAUUGAACCGGGUUUAAUGGUUUAUGGAUCUGACAAUGGGAGAGGUGUUCACAUGGAUGAUUAAUGUUGUGGCGAGCUGUGAGGAGUUAAGGUUGGCUCCUCAUCAGACAUAAUAUAAUUCUCAUGAACGUACAUCUCAUCUCAUUCAUUAUUGCAGACAGGGGAGUUAAGGUUGAGGAGACAAUCCUCAAAUUUUCUGCGUGUAUUUACUCUUCUAUUAUUCUUUUUUCUUUUGCUUAUUUUAUUUUAAAUUAUUCUUAUUUUAUUUGGCAUAAGAUUACCCCAAAAAUUCUUUGUACCUUUGCUUUGUAAUAUUUUACUACUAUUGGGUAUGUUGAUUCUUUUAUCUUCCUUGCA